AGCUUUAGCAUAUUCAGGAGCUAAAGCUUUACAAUGGCCACACCAAGGAGCAUCAUUUAAAGUCAAGCCUACAAUUUUUGUAGUUUAAUAUCCUUACAGUAGUACUGAACUUAUAUACACACGGAUUCAUUCUGUAAUAAGCAAUGCCACAUGGACAACCAGCAACGUUAAAAAUUUAAGAAUUCACCAAAAUUCUACGAGAACAAAUUCAUUGUCGGUGACGCCGGCCUUAAAAUUUUUCGUUGUAAGUACUAAUACUCCAUCUUCGGUUUCAAUAUCGUCGGCACUCUGCACGCUGUAAACAGCGACAAGUAGAAGGCACAAUUUCAGCCACAUUUUGCAGAUAUCCAACUUCACAACCUCCACGACUCGGCGAACUUAUACUACUGGCCAACGAGUUGGAAACUUGUAAAUGGGAAAGAUGGAAACGUGGCGGCAUCGACUCGUGGUGGAACCGGAUUGGUGGUAUGAAAGAGACCCAUGUGACCAUAAAUGAUUUGGCGUGGUCAAAAGAAAUACUUAUGACACAAAUAAAAUGUCAAUUCCGGUCCUCGUCGAAAGAAACUCAUUCACGUUGUCUGCGGAAGAGAAGAAUUUAAAUCCGGGAAUUUACGACACUUUUUGUAUCCAUGUUCUGUCACAAUCGUGUGAUUAGAACCUUACCGGAAGUCACGUCGUUCAAAUGGUUAGGAAUUGAUAUUUUGUGUUAAGUAUGAUUUUUGGUAGUAAUUUAAAAUAAUUAUUAAAAAUACAUGUAAAUACAUUCACACCUGCGGCCACAGAUAUAAAAUGGAUCAAAAUCUCUGUAAAGUUUGUGCCAUAAACGAAAGCAAAUAUGUUUGCCCAAGAUGCAACCUCUUGUAUUGUUCUGUCAAAUGUUAUCAAUCUCGAUUACACCUUCGUUGUUCGGAAGAAUUUUACAAAGAAAAUGUGGUCGAGUACAUGAGUACAAACAGCAAUGAUCAAGAUGAUGCAAAUAAAAUGAAAGAUAUUUUAAAUAGGAUUUACAACCAAGAUCAGACAAGUGAAAAUAAUGAUGAUGAUGAUGAUGAUGAAGAUGAAGAACACAGUCUGGAUUCUGAUGAUGAGGAAGAUAUUGCUGAACGUUUAAAAUCAGUGAGCUUAGAUGAUGCUGAUUCAGUAUGGGAAAAAUUAUCUCAAUCUGAAAAACAAGCUUUUGUUGAUCUGGUUCAAAAUGGAUGUUCCGAGUCUAUUGUUCCAUUGUGGGAACCGUGGUGGUCAUACAGGAAAUCUAAACAGAAGAUUGAAAUAGUGGAGGAAAAUGCAUCCAAAGAUUCUUUUGAUUAUACCACACACUGUCCAACUCUGAAAAAUGUACCCCCAUUAUCAGAUAUUACUAAACGUCCACCAGCUGCAUGUGUUACUUGGAAUAUUAUUAAUGUAAUUGGAUCAUAUUCAUAUGUGAUUCGUUAUUUCAAUGGUGAACCAAUGGAUUUUAUCUUGGAGGCUGUUGACUUGUUAAUAACAAUUAGUGGAAACCUUCGUGAUAAUCGAAAUUAUGAUUCUUAUGAGUCUGCCAUUGAGGAAGUGGCAUAUGAAAUAGUUCAGUGUCCUUGGGUUGAUGGAUCAGAACAUACACUUGCAAGAAUGAGAGAUGAUGUGCAAAAAAUUUUACAUGGCCCAGAGGAAUCAAAUCAGAGUUUCUAUUUGCAAGCAGCCUUGAGUGACAUAAUUUAUUUAUUGGAGAAAGCAAAAGGCAUCUCAAAGAAAACAGGUAACAAUUCAGAAGAGAAGACAAAUUCUUUUUCUAAACAGUUUGGAACUUCUAGAGCAAAUCUGCUUAUACCAAAAGAGAAAUUGAAACUAUACAUGAAGAAAAUUGAGUACUACUUAAUGUGGGUAAAAUCAUGUGUUCAUUCAAGUUUUUCAUAAGAAGAGUUUAGUGUGUGAACUAUGUUUAUAAAAAAAAAAAGUGAUAUGAUGAUAAUGUACCUGAAUGAUUGAAAAACUAUUGUAUAUAUUGUAAAGGAAACCAAUAAAAACAAAAGAUUUAAAAUGAAGAUUCAUUCUGAAAUGUAAAUU